CUCAGAAGCAACGCGCAAUCUCUGCUCGAGUACCAACCCUUGUGACACAAUGUCACAGCGUUAUCGUUCAGCUUCAAUCAAUGGCCCCGACGACUACAACCAUUCGGAAGCCCUACCAUUACGUCCAAUUCAUCGGCGUGAGUUGAGCGACGCAGAUUCUCCUUCACUAGAUCUUCCAGGGAUUCGGGGAACGUCGUUAUCAGGGCUAAAUUCUACACCAACCGCUCAUUUACGGCCUGAGACCCGACCACCUCGAAUAAUAAGGGGUAAACCGCAGUAUCUCUCACUGCAAGACGCCGAAUUGGUUGACGAGCCGACUCCUUACACGCCGGGCCUUUAUCCUCGCACGACAAGGCCUUCAUGGAAGCCAUAUUCGCUCCAAUGGCCUUUUCUGCUGUCCACACUUUCAAUUGCAGUGGCGCUGGGUCUCGUGGUCAUAUUUCUAUUGGCUUACUCCGCUACUCACCACGGUCUUGGAAGAGAUGACGGCUCCUCCAGUGUUCUCUUUGGAUGGCGCUUUACCCCGACUUUGAUAGCCGUCCUUUAUACCGUUCUGACGGCAAUGAUGUAUAACGAUACCUUGAGGACAGAAUCUUUCUCACAAAUGGCACAUUCAUCUGGCGCGACCUCCGCUUCUAGCAUUUUGAGAAGUAAGGAACAGUGGUGGACCGCGCUUUGGAACAGCCUCCAACGUCGCCAUUACCAUGAUCAAGUGAAUUUUUAUCUCCUGGCGAUCACACUCGUUGAUAUUGUAGGGUUUCUCCUGAUCAACCCACUAUCUUCGGCGCUCUUACAGAGUCAGUCUAUCGAACUCAAGUCACAGAUUUCAUUUUCUCGCUACCUGGUUGGCGAGAAUGAGCCCAUUCGUAUGGAAUCAGAUGAUCUUGUCUACUUCCGAACCAUUGGGAACAUCCUUCAAAAUCUCACAACUUCCGCCUGGCUUACGGAUAAAUACGCAGUUGUCCCGUUCUGGCGCCCACCUGGGCCAUCGAAAUCGGAUACAACACUUACGGAUAUGAACCAGCAGUGGCAAGUCAACGCAUCCAUAUUCUCUGUCGACCUUGAGUGUGAAGCAAUGUCUACCAACACUACAACCGCCAAAGAUGGAGCCUUGAUUCUAUCGGACAAUACAGGGUGUGAGACUGCGAUUGGCGUAUGUGGUGAAACGAUUGAUACACUUGGUGGCGGAUCCUGGUUUACACCACCGAACUUCGUGACACCAAUUUGGGACAAAGAGACCUUUCCAAAGUCAUGCUACAAUAGCACUGCUCAAUGUGCUGACAGGCAAGUCAUCUUGAUGACCAAUAGUUCUUGGGACUUCAACGCAUCAUACAGCGAUAGCCAAUGGUUCCGUGCGUCUGCAUGGUCAUGCAGCACGACUUUUUAUCGCGCGGAUAUGCCUGUAUCAGUAUCGACUGGUCCUGCAGGAUCUUCCUUGGACAUUGAUGACGGCACAUUCAACGCUCGUCGAAGAUUGAUCGAGUCGACAUUUAUUAACCAAACUCGGUUCGAGAAUGCUUUCUUGAAUCAAAAUUGGACAAGCGUUAUAUACCCGUCGUAUCCCAGCUCGACUCCUAAAUGGGGAGGAGUUUCUGUCCUUCUAGCCGCUCUAUAUGAGUUUGCGCCGUUGAGCAUGAUCGGGAAGGAAUCUGUGGUGGAUCAGGCACAGAGGAUUAAACAACGAUUUCUGGGCGAGAUGAUGUUGAAUACUGUCGUAAGGAACCCGCUGACCCAGCAAACUGGAAAUGUCAUUGUGACUGAGCGCCGAGUUGUGGUCAAUUUGCCCAUCGCCGUCUCUUUGGCCGUGUUGUUUGUACUCUCUGCUGGCUUGAUUGCUUUUGCUCUUUUAGCAUCUGGCCGCCGUCAACUGAAUCUGUACCACGAUCCUGCCUCGGUUGCUGCGUUAGUUCAACUCACCGAAGACGAUACGGUCCUUCGAAAUCGCCUCAAAAUUGAACAGUCUAUUUCGAGCCCUGGAAAUGGCACUCAAAUACGUUCUAUGAGGCAUUAUCUGCGUGAUGGCACGAUUUCGACCAUUGAGAACAAAGUAAACAAACAAGAAGGAACUGUCGAUGACCCACUAGCGAAGAGAGAUGAGCAUCUGCCAUUUCCUCUGCGUCUGUACGCAGGGAUGCUUCUCUUGUUAUUGCUCGCUCUCGUCUUUGCAGCCAUUUCGACCCUGUUUGCCCUCGCUCAGACCGUUGGUCUGUACGAGUCGGCCUUCACAUACCAGACAGAUCUGGUCCCCUCAGGAUCAUCACUAUUCACUUUUGCUCCAUAUUCGAUCAUUCCUACCUUGUUGGCCGUCAUCAUCGGUCUGUGGUGGGACGGACUUGACGACACAAUUCGAAGACUACAACCCUUUGUCACGAUGAGUCGAAAAGCCGUAGCAGUGUCACCUAUAAUCGGCUUGUCCUAUCUACCUACGUACUCUGUUGUCUCUGUGGUGAAGGCGCUGAGGAACAAGCACGAGCAUGUGGCGCUUGUGUCGACGGCCGCCAUUCUCGUUCAAGUACUGACGGUGUCCAUGUCGGCACUUUGGCAACGGGCCGAUGGCUCUCGACCUGGUGAUCUCACGUUAUCACGCACCUUUGAGCCCAGGACCCAGCCCUUCGUGUAUACCCUGGCAGGUAGCACUUCUAUGGGCGCAGGGGAUCCGACGGGCGAAGAAAUCAUCUCGAGUUUCUAUGGAAAUCUCUCGACCAAUUGGCUCUACUCUGCCGCCCUACAACUGGCGUACAAUGGGUCGGAACCACCGUGGAGUAGCGACGGAUGGAGCUUUGUGCCGGUCAUCUUGUCCUCUAUAAUCGAAUCGGACGUGUACAAGAACACACCUUCCACAAACGACAGUGACUCGAGCACCUCGCCAUCAACUACAAAGGCCGUCAACGUCACGGUCACGACUCCUGCACUGAGGGGUGUUUUGGAUUGUAGCACCAUCACACAAUCCAGCAACCUAUCGGACUGGUCGACGCAAUGGGAUCUGACGGACCGCAUGAUUUGGAAUGUGUCAAAGAACCCGACCGGCCUACAACGGGGGUAUGAGGUCAAUUCUGGGUUCGACCUUGCACCCAGGACCGAUGAGUCUCGCACGCCCAUCCUGGCUCGGUACCGAACCCUUUUGUGCUGUAGGAAUUUGUCCAGCACCGACACCGACAGCGGCACAUCGGCGCUCGGGUACUGGUCAAACAACUACAAUGGGGCAUUGGCUUAUGAUUUCGACAAUUCGUACGUCACGUACCCGCGCAACCUCACGAUGAAAUGGAUCCGCGGGUCGACAGCCCGAGAGUGGUACUCGAUGAAUGAAACGUAUAGCGGCUACUACAGGGGCGAAUACGACGACUUCCGGCACCUCAUUUGGACGCAGGAACCGCAAAUGUCGGCACUCAACUGCCAGCCACGGGUAGAGUGGUCCAACGCCAGCGUCACCGUGGACAUGGACUCGGGUCGGGUGUACAGGUAUAAGAUCGUGGAUUCUGUGCAAGAGCUUCCCGAGGCGUUUAGCGACGCGUACGUGGAACACGACUAUGUCGCGCCGGGCGACAAUGCCACCGAGGGCGUCUUCCACAACCAAUACACCGUCAGUUUUGGUGUGUUAUUCCAAGAUGCCAUGCUGUUUGCGUCGGAUUUGCAGAAGUUCUGGCCCUCCGGAGGUGAUGGCGAGAGUGCUGUCGAAGAUUUGGACGACCAGAAUUUCAACAUCCGUCUCGAAUCCAAGGGCCUCAACACCGACCUCAUGUCGUUCGCCAUGUACCAGCUCGCCGACGGCGAUGUGGACGCGUUCAUGACGGCGGACGACCAGAGCCGCAUGGAACAACUGGGCCAGAAAGUCUUUUCGACCUUUUUUCAACACUUUGUCUCGGCCAACGUCACGGCCGAAGGGGGUUGGGGAUUUCAGAAACUCGGUGCCACUUUGCCUGCCAUCCUCGCACCCACCGCCAAUGGAUCUCAACCCGACACCAACUCGAGUUUAACGUCCAGCACCGACGCAAGCGUGCACGUCGACAUCGCCGUCGAGGUUCUCCAAAUGAGCCCCGUGGCAGUGUAUCUGUCCCUGGUACUCUUGGUGUUGUUGAUUCUUGUCACGUCGUUCGUGUACACUUUUGGUUACAGACUGUUUAGGAAACUCCGGUCCAGUUUUGAAAAUUUGGCGGACGUCGUCGGCGUGGUCUGUGACAGUGAGAGGUUGAGAAGAGAGAGUGCACGAGCACGGGCGCGACGACGCACGAGUACCGCUCGUGAGGUUGGGAAUGUUCAUCGGGAGUGA